AAUCAUCCUGAAGUAGGUGAUCUUUUCUUGAUCUCACUCUGCUUCUGACAUGCUAUUCCUGGUGGGCUCUUCCUAUGUAUCAGGUCACUAAGCUGCCAGCUUUCUGCCAUUAUAGCCCAAGGAGCUGUCAUGGACCACGGGCAUGGAGGGUCUUCUCCAGAACUCCACUAACUUCGUCCUCACAGGCCUCAUCACCCGUCCUGCCUUCCCCGGGCUUCUCUUUGCAAUAGUCUUCUCCAUCUUUGUAGUGGCUGUAACAGCCAAUGUGGUCAUGAUUCUGCUCAUCCACAUGGACUCCCGCCUCCACACACCCAUGUACUUCUUGCUCAGCCAGCUCUCCAUCAUGGAUACCAUCUACAUCUGUAUCACUGUCCCCAAGAUGCUCCAGGACCUCCUGUCCAAGGACAAGACCAUUUCCUUCCUGGGCUGUGCAGUUCAGAUCUUCCUCUACCUGACCCUGAUUGGAGGGGAGUUCUUCCUGCUGGGUCUCAUGGCCUAUGACCGAUCCCGAGAGAUCAAUCACUUUUUCUGUGAGAUCCCAGCCGUGCUGAAGUUGUCGUGCAUAGACACGUCGCUCUACGAGACCCUGAUGUAUGCCUGCUGCGUGCUGAUGCUGCUCAUCCCUCUAUCCGUCAUCUCUGUGUCCUACACGCACAUCCUCCUGACUGUCCACCGGAUGAACUCAGCUGAGGGCCGGCGCAAAGCCUUUGCUACGUGUUCCUCCCACUUUAUGGUGGCGAGCAUUUUCUACGGGGCAGCCUUCUACACCAACGUGCUGCCCCACUCCUACCACACUCCAGAGAAGGAUAAAGUGGUGUCUGCCUUCUACACCAUCCUCACCCCCAUGCUCAACCCACUCAUCUACAGCUUGAGGAAUAGAGAUGUGGCCGCAGCUCUGAGGAAAGUGCUAGGGAGAUGUGGCUCCUCCCAGAGCAUCAGGCUGGAGACUGCGAUCAGGAAGGACUAGCGGGGACUCAGUGCAAACAUCCCAGAUGCUGCAGACAAUAAUGCGGCCAUUCCAGAAAAUACGGUAUUGGUUCUGAAAAAUGUUGAGUGUCACUUUUAGCCAUUCAAAAUUAACAAAAUCAUCCUGUUGCAAGGAUUACUUAGGAACAGUAGCAAAGUUGGCGAGCAUCUCUGCAUUAGUCAACUUGUUCAACUGGAUUCACAAACAUUUCCAGAGGGCAUUCUCAGUCAAGUAGCCCUAGAAACCGUUCAUGGCAAGCCAAGCAGCCUUUGGAAGUGCCCGUGUUAACAUGUGAUCAUGAGUGUUGCCAGUCUGUAUUGCUAACGUGUGAUCAUGAGUCCUGUCUGUAUUGUUAACAUGUGAUCAUGAGUCCUGCCAGUCUGUAUUGCUGACCAACUUUUGAAUGGAAAUUGGAAGGAACAUUUGCCACCUCCUUGAUGACUUGAUUUCAAACAUUCAAUACAAGUAAAAUAUUUUCUAGUGCUAAA